AUGUGGCGGGUGAAAAAACUCAACAGGAGCUUGUUGCCUUCGUCGCCACCGGGGAAGCCAGCAAUGAGGACUCCUCUCAGAGAACUGAUCCUGCAACCCAGCGCCCUCACCAACUCCGGAAAAGAAGCCCCCCUAGGUCUAUCGCCCUCUCCAUCCCUGUGCAAGUUGGGGCCACAGGAAGACCACGACCACUUUUCUGCCCUGGAUUUUGUCAGUGCUGAGAACAUAGACUUUCCUUCAGAACCAUUCAGUAACCCUUCUGAGUGGCAGGAAAUUUGUCGACAACUGGCAGAUGAACAGAACCUCUCUCUGUUUCCCCAAACCAGCAGCACCACCUCCAAAAUGACGGAGGAAGCACUGUAUAACAAUAUGAUUGAAACCAUGGUCCUUUUACCUCCUACAGUGGGUUGCCAGCAGGACAUACUACAUGCAGCCCAUUUAGAUACCAUGACAAAGACAAAUAGCAUCUCUCUUGAUGAACAUUUGAGGCCAGGAGAUCUUUUGGAAAAGGGGAUUGCACCUUCUGUGGAGGACAGUUUUUCAGAAGUUAUUUCUGCUGUUGCUGAGAAACCUGCAUUUCCGAAUCCUCCUUCCCAGGUCUUAGGGUAUCCACCAAGCCUCUACUUGGAACAACAACUGUACUGCUCCAAGGAAAGCCCAAUGACCAGUGGAGCUGACGCUGAGCCUGAAGACUUAGUUCCUUCUGAAAAGGAUGCUUUUUUGCCUUCCUCCACGCUCUGGCUUUCCACUUCAACUGCAUUAGCAACAGAUUUUCCCAGUAUUCCUGUGGCCCCUGGAGAGAACACUGUGGAGCACAGAGUUAUAGAGGAAAGCGAAAUGAACUUUCCCAUGCUACUCGAGGCCACUCAUAUGGGAAAUGAGGCAUUUGUCUCAACUGUAGAGACUAUUCCAUGCACACAGCUGACCCCACAGCCUGGAAAUACAGAAUCCCGGGUUGCUCAAGGCCCCACAGUGGAAGAUGCUAGUAGCAGUCUCAUCUCUGAUACAGAAUCUUGGUUGUCCCCUGUAGCCUGGCUGGAUAAAGGCGUAAAUACUUCAUUCAUGCUGGAAAAUCUCCGUCAGAGUAUGUCACUUCCUUUUCCUUCUAUUCGGGAUAUUGCAGUUGGCACUACCCCUAUUUCCACUUGCUCUGCGGGAACUUGGUUUACUCCCCCAACACAAGGAAAAAGUUCAGAUGCAGACCAGACAGGUGUGAUAGUCACCAAGGAUAGUACUUCUGAGACAGAACACUUUCUCUGGAGCCAUCCUCCAGAUCUGACGACCUUAUCUCGACCUGAUCUGGAAGAUAACCUGAGGAAUUCUCAUGUCAUUCUGGAGGUUCUCUCCCGCCAGCUGCAGGAAUGGAAGAGCCAGCUGACUGCUCCUCGCCCAGAAGUUCAGGAUAGCAGCACACAGACUGACACUUCCGCCAUUGGGAAACCGUGGGUGCAGGUGUCAAAAGAGUUGAUAUCCUUGCUUCACCUCUCUCUGUUGCACUUAGAGGAAGAUAAAGCUAUUAUGAGCCCAGAGUCUCCGUGUGCAGAAAGCUUGGUCUCCUGUUCUAAUGUAUUGAGGAAAUUGAGGGGAAGGCUUCAGAGCCUCAAAACAGAGUGGGAAGAGGCAAAGCACUUAGAGAAGCCAGUUCCCAAAGGCAGGGAUGCGGCAGAGACAGUACUAGAGGCUUUCUGUGCUCACACUAGCCAGCUCAAACAGAACCUGGCAUCUAGUCUUCUGAAGAAAACCCAGACCCACCUGGUGGAGCUUCAUAUUGAGCAAGAACAGCUGGCUCAGCAGACAACAAAUCUAACUUCAGUCUUGCAACAGGACUGGAUAUCCAUGCAGUUGGAUUAUGUAACAUGGACAGCACUGCUGAGUCGUUCUCGAGAGCUCAUGGAGAAACUUAUGGCCAAGAGUCGGCAGACUUUGCAGGAACGAGAUACUGCAAUUGAGGAAAAACAAAAGGUUUCCAAGGAACUGGAGCAAGUCUCUGCUCAUUUAGAGGACUGCAAAGGCCAAAUAGAACAACUCAAGUUGGAAAACAGUCGCUUAGCAACAGAUCUUCAGACUCAUCUGCAGACUCUGUCCAUCACGGAGAGCCAGCUGCAGGAGCUCUGUAAUCAGCACGCCCACUGCACUCAGGACCUGGCCAUGAAGGACGAGUUGCUGCGCCAGCUUACCCAGAGCAAUGAGGAACAGGCUUCUCAAUGGCAAAAGGAAGAGAUGGAACUGAAGCAUAUUCAAGCAGAACUGCAGCAACAGCAGGCUGUCUUGGCCAAGGAGAUUCAUGACCUGAAGGAGACCCUGGAGUUUGCAGACCAAGAGAAUCAGGUAGCUCACAUAGAGCUGGGCCAAGUUGAAUGUCAGCUGAAGACCACUCUAGAGGUGCUCCGAGAGCGCAGCCUGCAGUGUGAGGACCUCAAGGAUACUGUCGAGAACCUGAAGGCCCAAUUGACCAGCACCAUAGCAGAGAAUCAGGAACAGUACUUGAAGAAGACAUGUCAGCAUUCCCAAGAGUUGGGGUUGCUGACUGAGCAGCUACGGAGCCUGACUGUCUUUCUGCAGACAAAACUACAGGAAAAGUCUGAACCAGAGACCUUUCUGAUAAGCAAGGCUUCAAUUCCCACUCUUGAACAUUCUCUGCCCAAUGACAGCACCAUCUUGGGAAGCAGCUUGAUAACUACAACAGAUGAAGUGCCAGAAUCAGCUCCUGUAUCUGUACCUUCGCUUGGAAGUGACAAGAGUGCUUUCACCCGAGUAACACCAAUGGCUUCCCUUCAGCCUACAGAGACCCCAAAUCUAGAGAAGAGACUGUCAGAACUGAGUGCCAGUACUGUAGUGCUGGAAAGCCUAUGUUUCCAGCUGCAAGAGUCUAAGGAGGAAGCCAUCAGGACUCUGCAGCAAGAGAUUUGUGAUCUACAGGCUAGGCUGCAGACCCAGGAAGAGAAGCAUCAGGAAGCCCAAAAGGCCAAGGAAGAUAACAUAGAGAAGCUGAACCAGGCCUUGUGCUUACGCUACAAGAAUGAAAAGGAGCUCCAGGAAGUGAUACAGCAGCAGAAUGAGAAGAUCCUAGAACAGAUAGACAAGAGUGGCGAGCUCAUAACUCUAAGAGAGGAGGUGAUGCAGCUCACCCGCUCACUUCGGCGUGCAGAGACAGAGACUAAAGUGCUCCAAGAGACCGUGGCAGGCCAGCUGGACCCCAGUUGUCAGCCUAUGGCCACUAGCUGGAUCCAGGAGAAAGUGUGGCUCUCCCAAGAGGUGGACAAGCUAAGAGAGAUGUUCCUGGAGAUGAAAAAUGAGAAGGCAGAACUCAUGAUUAAGUUCCAGAGUCAUAGAAACAUCCUAGAAGAGAAUCUUCGGCGCUCUGACAAAGAGUUAAAGAAACUAGAUGACAUCGUUCAGCACAUUUAUGAGACUCUGCUCUCCGUCCCAGAAGUUGUGAAUGGUUGCAAGGAGCUACAAGGAUUACUGGAGUUUCUGAGCUAG